GGCGCAGAGCGGCGGGCGGGCAAGAUGGCGCUGCUGCGGCAGGCGUACAGCGCGCUGUUCCGCCGCACCUCCACCUUCGCCCUCACCAUCGUCCUGGGCGCCGUCCUCUUUGAGCGCGCCUUCGACCAGGGCGCCGACGCCAUCUUCGAGCACCUCAACGAGGGGAAACUGUGGAAACACAUCAAGCACAAGUAUGAGACGAGCGAUGAAUGAAACGCUCAGCAGCAGGAUCCAGCCUGGGGUGGCAAAAGACACUGCAGAGAAGGAUUCGGCCUCCUGAAACUGGUUGUAUCAAAAGGGAAAUGGGUUCCCGAUUGAACAACUCCAAGCCAGAUUAUAUCAGCCACCUACUGAUAUGAUGUAAACCACGAUGGACUCAACGAGUUCUGCUGCUGCACUCAAACUUACGCUGUUAAAGUAAUAAAAAAAAAAAUGUUGGUCCAUGUCUCA